AUGUUAUAUGUUUUGCUAUUUUCUUUCUUUUACUUUUCUUUCGUUUUUAUAUCUCAUGUUCUUUCCUUUUUUUUCAUACGUUAUUUUCUUCUUUUAUCUUUCUUUCUUUCUUUUAUCCAUAAUAAUAUUUCUUUCUUUCUGUCUUUUCUUUCUUUCUUAUACAUUAUAAUUUUUCUUUCUCUGUUUUACAUAUUUUGUUCUUUUUUUUUUGUCUUUCUUUUAUCCAUUAUGUUAUCUUUCUUUCUUUCUUGUACAUCUAUUCUUUUCUUUCUUUCUCUCUUUCUUUCUCUCUUUCUUUAUUUCUUUCUUUCUUUCUUUCUUUCUUUCUUUCUUUCUUUCUUUCAGUUACUUUCUUUGAGUUCCUUUCUUUCUUUUUCCAUAUUGUACUUCUAUUCUUUCUUUCUUUCUUUCUUUCUUUCUUUCUUUCUUUCUUUCUUUCUUUCUUUCUUUCAGUUCCUUUCUUUCUUUUUCCAUAUUGUAUUUCUAUUCUUUUUCUUUUCUUUCUUUCUUUCUUUUUCCAUAUUGUAUUCUUUCUUUCAGUUUUUUUUUCUUUCUUUUUUCUUUCUUUCUUUCUUUUUUAGUUCUUUCUUUUUUUUUUUUCUUUCUUUUUUCUUUCAGUUUUUUUUUCUUUUUUUUCCAUUUGUACUGCUAUUCUUUUUUCUUUCUUUCUUUCUUUCUUUCUUUCUUUUUUUUUUUUAUUUUUCUUCUUCUUUUUUUCUUUCUUUUUUUCUUUCUUUCUUUCUUUCUUUUCUUUCUUUCUUUUCUUUUUUCUUUCUUUCUUUUUUUUCCAUCUUUUUUUAUUUUUUUCUUUUUUUUCUUUCUUUUUUUCAUUUUUUCUUUUUUCUUUUUUCAUUCUUUCAGUUCUAUUCUUUUUUUUCUUUCUUUUUUCUUUUCUUUCUUUCUUUUUUCUUUCUUUUUUCCUUUCUUUCUUUCUUUCUUUCAGUUUCCUUUCUUUCUUUUUUCAUUUUUUUAUAUUUUAUUUUUUUUUUUUAUUUCUUUUUUCUUUCUUUCUUUCUUUCUUUUCUUUCUUUCUUUCUUUUUCUUUCUUUCUUUCUUUCUUUUUUUUUAUUUACUUUUAUUUUUUUUCUUUUUUUUCUUUCUUUUUUUCUUUCUUUCUUUCUUUCUUUCUUUCAUUUCCUUUCUUUCUUUUCCAUAUUUCUUUCUUUCUUUUCUUUCUUUCUUUUCUUUCUUUUUUUUAGGGUUUUUUUUUUCUUUUUCUUUUUUUCCAUAUUGUUUCUUUUUUUCUUUAUUCUUUCUUUCUUUCUUUCUUUUUUUCAUUUCUUCUUUCUUUCUUUUUUUCUUUCUUUUUUUUUCUUUCCAUAUUUUUUUCUAGUCUUUUUUUUCUUUUUUUUCUUUCUUUCUUUUUCUUUCUUUCCUUUUUUCCAUCUUUUCUUUUUUAUUUUCUUUUUUCUUUCUUUCUUUUUUCUUUCGAUUUUUUUCUUUUUUUCUUUCUUGUUUCAUUCUUUCUUUUUCCAUUUCCUUUUUUCUUUCUUUCUUUUAUUUCUUUCUUUUAUUUUCUUUCUUUUUUUCUUUCUUUUUUCUUUUUUUUUGAGUUUUUCUUUCUUUCUUUUUUCAUUCUUCUUUCUUUUCUUUUCUUUUUCUUUUAUUUUUUCUUUCUUUUUUUCUAUUCUUUUUUUCAUUUUGUUUCUUCUUUUCAUUCUUUCUUUCAGUUUCCUUUCUUCUUUCUUUCUUUUAUUUUCUUCUUUCUUUCUUUCCUUUCUUUCUUUCUUUCUUUUUUUUUCUUUUCUUUUUUUUUUUCUUUCUUCUUUUUUUUCGAUUUUUUUUUCUUUUAUUUUGAGUUUUCUUUCUUUCUUUUCCUUUCUUUCUUUCUUUCUUUUUUUCUUUCUUUUUUUUUUUCCUUUCUUUUUUUUCUUUUUCGAUUUUUUCUUUUCUAUUCUUUUCUUUCUUUCUUUCUUUCUUUCUUUCUUUUCUUUUUUUUUUUUUUUUUUAGUUUCCUUUUUUCUUUUUCCUCUUCUUUUUUUUCUUUUCGAUUUUUUUUUUUUAUUCUUUCUUUCUUUCUUUCAGUUUCCUUUCUUUCUUUUUUUUUUUAGUUGGGUUUUAUUUUUUUUUUCUUUUUUUUUCUUUUUUUUUCUUUUUUCUUUCUUUCAUUCUUUCUUUCAGUUUCCUUUCUUUCUUUCUUUCUUUUUUUCUUUCUAUUUUUUUUUUUUCUUUUCUUUUUUUUUUUUCGAUUUUUUCCUUUUUUUUUUUAUUUCUCAUUUUUUCUUUUCAGUUUUCCUUUCUUCUUUUUUCUUUUUUUUUAGUUUUUCUUUUAUUUUUCCUUUUCUUUUUUUUCUAUUCGAUUUUUUUUCCAUUUUUUCUUUGAGUCAUUCUUUCUUUUUUUUCUUUCUUUCUUUUUUCUUUCUUUUUAGUUCCUUUUUUCUUUUCCAUAUUUUUUUCUAUUCUUUUUUUUUCUUUUUUCUGCUUUCUUUCUUUCUUUCUUUCUUUCUUUCUUUCUUUUUUUCAGUUUUUUUUUCCUUUCUUUCUUUUCUUUUUUUUCUUU